AUGGCUCUCUGGGCAAAAGCACAACAGUUGCCGCCAGACAGUGUCCAUUUGCAACACAUCAGAGAUAUUUAUGGAGAACAUUUCCCCAUAGAAGUUCGUCAUUAUUUGGCUCAGUUUAUAGAAGAAAAAUUUUGGUCUGAAGUGAUCCCGUUGCAAGACACUCCUGCCUAUGAGCAAUAUGUGAGCAGUUUAGUCAAUCAAUUCAUACAAGAGAUUGAAAAUAAGGCUGAAGGUUCUACUGAGGCUUCCGAGUAUUUUUUAAUAAAACUCAAAUUGGCUGAGGCUGCAAAAAUGUUUCGACAAAGAUACAGUGCAAAUCCAAUGCAACUCUUCAACUUCAUCCGUCAAUGCCUAGCAGCCGAAAUGAAAUUUUUACAAGCAGCAGGUGCUGAUUUUAUGGGAAUGGCCCCGGCUUUAGCCAUGUCCAAUUCAGCCUCUGAAGUUUUGCACAAACUGGACGAUCUAAGACGCAGAACUCAGGCCACGUCUGAGGAUACGAGAAAGUUGGAGCAGGAACAAGAGGCUUUCGCCUUGCAAUAUCACGAGUGUACAAAAGUAAAUGCACAUUUGCAGCAGUUGAAAAAUCAAGGUGGUCCUGCGGCUGUUCAAGAUCAACAGACUUUACAGUACAUAAACCGAAAAGAAAUGUUGGAGCAGGAAUUGAAUCGAAGAGUGGCAGGCUUAAUGGAAUUGCGUUUAAAAAUAACUGAAAAACUACGUCAAACAUAUCAAGUAUUGACUCAGCUUCAGAGUCAAAUUAUUGAUGAGGAAUUGAUUAGGUGGAAGCGAGAUCAACAACUGUCAGGAAAUGGUGUUCCAUUUACUAGUAACUUGGACCAAAUCCAAGACUGGUGUGAAAGUUUAGCUGAAAUUAUUUGGCACAAUCGACAACAGAUCAAGGAAGUGGAGAGGCUUAAGCAAAAAUUGGCUCUUGAUCCUCCAGGAGUAGUGGAUGUUUUGCCAACAAUUUUAACAGAAAUCACGCAACUGUUAUCUUCAUUAGUCACCAGUACAUUUAUCAUAGAAAAACAACCUCCUCAAGUUAUGAAAACCAACACAAGAUUUCUUGCUACAGUUCGCCUAUUGGUAGGUGGAAAAUUAAAUGUGCACAUGUCUCCGCCACAAGUCAAAGUGACCAUAAUAUCCGAGUCUCAAGCUAAUUUAUUGUUGAAAAACGACAAAUUGCUUAAAGGAGGCGACAGUUCAGGGGAAAUUCUCAAUAACACGGGAACAAUGGAAUAUCAGCAGACCACCAGACAGCUUUCAGUUAGUUUUAGGAAUAUGCAAUUGAAAAAAAUCAAGAGGGCUGAAAAGAAGGGAACUGAAAGUGUUAUGGAUGAAAAAUUUUCGCUUUUCUUUCAGUCACAAUUCAGUGUUGGUGGUGGUGAACUCAUGUUCCAGGUUUGGACCUUAAGUUUGCCAGUCGUCGUCAUAGUCCACGGUAACCAAGAGCCUCACGCUUGGGCCACCGUUACUUGGGAUAAUGCAUUCAGCGAGCCUGGCAGGUGUCCUUUCCAGGUUCCCGAGAAAGUACCAUGGCCCAAGAUGAAGGAAACCUUAUCGCUAAAAUUCAAAUGGGCCACCGGCAGAGGUUUGACAGAUGACAACUUACGAUUUUUGGCCGAAAAAGCUUUCAGAGGCAAUUACAACGAAACCACGAACAAUUUGCUUAGCUGGGCCCAAUUUUGUAAAGAGCCUCUGAGUGAAAGAAAUUUCACUUUUUGGGAAUGGUUCUUUGCUAUAAUGAAAUUGACUAGGGAGCAUUUGAGAGGGCCAUGGGUGGAUGGUGCUAUAAUGGGGUUUGUUAAGAAAAAGCAAGCUGAAGAAAUGCUUUCCACAUGUCCAGCAGGCACUUUUUUGCUCAGAUUCUCUGAUAGUGAAUUAGGAGGGAUCACAAUAGCAUGGAUUACAGAUACUCAAGAAGUUUUUAGCUUACAACCGUUUACAGCUAAAGAUUUUUCCGUUAGAUCUCUAGCGGAUAGAAUUGCUGACCUAAGCCAUUUGGUUACUUUGUAUCCUGACACUGCUAAAGAAUUGUUUUUCCAGAAAUACUAUACUCCAUAUCAAGAUCAACAGCAACCCAUAAAUGGCUAUGUGAGGCCGGUACUGGUUACCCAAGUGCUGGGUUUGGGUGGAAACUACAACACCCCUCAUCACAACGUGUUUAUGAGCCCUGAUGCAACUAGAGACACACCUUCUGUCGCCAGCAGUUACGCAGGUUCCGUGGCGACUACAGCUACUGGAGUGGGGGGAGCACCAAUGGGGCACAUGGACUAUUUGGACGGUUUGGACGAGACGAGCUACGUAGGAAUAGACUUGAACGAAUUUAUGGGCGGCUAUAAUCGAUAA